CUAUAACAUAUAUAUAUAACAUUAAUAAAAAUGAAAAAAAAACACAUACCAUUCCUCACUCCAAAAUCUCAGCCUAGCCUAUUUUUACCGGGCUUUUUCCUGAGAACUAAUUUAAGAAGUAGGAAACCGAGAUUUGACGAUGAUGAUGAAGAUUUAGAAUAUGAUUCUAACUUUACUCAUGGUCGUAGAGCUCGAGCAGUUGUAUCUUAUAGAGAAGAUGAAGAUGAUGAAGAUGAAAUAGAUGGUGAUGGUGAUGGUAUUGAACCACCAAGAGAACCAAAAGUAGAAGAACCAAAAGAACCAGUCGAUGAUGAAGUGGAUUAUGUAGAAGAUGAUGAAGAAGAUGAUGAAGAUACUAAACCUACCUCCCGAAAGAGAAGUAGUCAACGAUCCAGACGGUCUAAGAUUGAAUCUGAUGAUGAAUUUGAAGCCGACGAUUUUGAAGAUGAAGAUGAAGUUAUAAGUGAAGAUGAUGACUUUAUAGAAAAACUUCAAGAAAAGAGUUUUAUAGUUAAAGAUGAAGAAGAUAAUGAAGAUUUUGGAUAUGGAGAAUCUCCUCGAAAGAAAAGAAGAAGAGUAAGAACAAGAUCUCGAUCAGUUGAACCAAAAGUUAUUGAAGAAAAUGGUGAUAUUACAAAGGAAUCAGAAGAAGAAGAUGAUAUUCAAAAGGAAUUAGCUGAACUUUAUGAUUCAUCACCAGAUACAAGUCCAGUUCAACAUAAAUUAAGAGAAAGAAAUCAAAAUAUUGAUUAUACAAUCCCACCUCCAAUAACUAAUGAAACUCAAUUAUAUGAUAAUUUUAGAUCAGCUCCAAGUGGUAGAGGUAGAAAAGGUAGACCAUCAACUAAUAAAAGUGAAUAUAGAAAAAUUUUAUUUCCAACUGCUGGACCAUUUGGUGGUAGUGAUGUUAUAUCAUUAUUUGGAACAAAUAUUCCUCCUGGUGGUAUUCCAAUUCCAGGAAUGACUGGUGAUCCAAAUUUAACAGCCAUUGGACAAAAUUUAAGUGAUUCUGAUAGUUCAGAUGAAGAAAUUGCUCCAAUUAAUGGUGAAGCUACUAUUUCUAAAAAGCCUUUACCAUCAAUAACUAAAUUUAAUACUAGUACUACUACCAAUAAUAAUAAUCCAAAUAUUCUUAAUAAUACAAAACUUAUAACGGCUGGAUCAUCUGAUCCAUCAAAGGAUAAGAAAAAGAGUACUUUAAGUGAUACUGAUCCAUUAGGUAUUGAUAUGAAUAUUGAUUUCUCUGCUGUGGGAGGUCUUGAUAAUUAUAUAAAUCAAUUAAAAGAAAUGGUUGCAUUACCAUUAUUAUAUCCUGAAUUAUAUCAAAAUUUUGCUAUAACUCCUCCAAGAGGAGUAUUAUUUCAUGGUCCACCAGGUACAGGUAAAACAUUAAUGGCUCGAGCUUUAGCUGCUAGUUGUUCAACUGCUGAAAGGAAAAUUACUUUCUUUAUGAGAAAAGGUGCCGAUUGUUUAAGUAAAUGGGUUGGAGAAGCUGAAAGACAAUUAAGACUUUUAUUUGAAGAAGCAAAAAAUCAACAACCAGCUAUUAUUUUCUUUGAUGAAAUAGAUGGAUUAGCUCCAGUAAGAUCUUCUAAACAAGAACAAAUUCAUGCUAGUAUUGUAUCAACUUUAUUAGCAUUAAUGGAUGGUAUGGAUAAUAGAGGUCAAGUUAUUGUAAUUGGAGCUACUAAUAGACCUGAUUCAAUUGAUCCUGCUUUAAGAAGACCAGGAAGAUUUGAUCGAGAAUUUUAUUUCCCAUUACCUGAUAUAAAUGCUAGAAAGGAAAUUUUAGCAAUUCAAACGAGAAAAUGGACUCCACCAUUACAAGAAACAUUUAUUGAAAAAAUAGCUGAAUUAACUAAAGGUUAUGGAGGAGCUGAUUUAAGAGCUUUAUGUACAGAAGCAGCAUUAAAUAGUAUUCAAAGAAAGUAUCCACAAAUUUAUCAAACUAAUGAAAAAUUACAAGUUAAUCCAUCAAAAGUUAAAGUUAUUGCAAAAGAUUUUAUGAAAGCAAUUGAAAAAAUUGUUCCAUCAAGUGCCAGAUCUUCAUCAACUGGUUCAGCUCCAUUACCAGAUCAUUUAAAACCUUUAUUACAAGAUAGUUUACAAGAAAUUACUGAAAAAUUAAGUAAUUUAUUACCUAAUACAAUUCAUAAUCCUAAUCAAAAAAAAUUAACUACAUUAGAUGAAGCAUUAUAUUUUGAUCCAUCAAUUAAUGAUCCAGAUGGAGGAUUUUCAAGACAACAAUUAUUAAGAAAUCUUGAAGGUUCAAGAAUUUGUAAACCUCAUUUAUUAGUUAGUGGAAAUGAAGGUAAUGGACAACAAUAUAUUAGUGGAGCAAUAUUAAAUUAUUUAGAAGGAUUUCAAGUUCAAUCAUUAGAUAUGGGGAAUAUAUUUGGAGAUGCUACUAGAACUCCUGAACUGACAAUUGUUCAAGCAUUUAUUGAAGCAAGAAGAAGUCAACCAUCAAUAUUAUUUAUACCAAAUAUAGAUGUUUGGUUUGAUGUUGUACCCCAUUCUGCAAGAGCAACAUUAUCAAGUUUACUUAGAAGUCUUAAAAGUAGUGAAAAGAUUCUUUUAUUGGGAGUUUCUGAAACUGAAGAAUGUCAAUUAGAUUCAGAAAUUAAAAUUUUAUUUGGUAUAAAUAGUCCGGCUAAUAAUGUUAAAUUAAAUAAUCCAAGUGAAAUUCAAAGACAUAUUUAUUUUGAAUCUAUUUUAAAAACUUUAAACAUGAAACCUUAUGAAUUUAUUAAUGAUAUAGAAAAUCGUCCAAAACGGAAAUUAAAGAAAUUACCAAUUGUUAAGACUUUACCAAAUUCUUCAACAAUUGAAUUAGAUAAGAAAAAGAUUAAAGAAAUUGAAUAUAAUGAUACUAAAUUAAAAAAUGUAUUAAAAAUUAAAUUAGCUGGAUUAAUGGAUUUAUUUAAAAAUCGGUAUAAACGAUUUAAAAAACCUAUUAUUGAUGAGAAUUUACUUUAUCAUUUAUUUGAUCCUAGUGUAAUUCAAAAUCCAAUUAAUCAAUAUGAAGUAUUAUAUAUUAAAUCUAAUGAUUCUAAACAUGAAAAUAUGAUUCAAGAAUUAACUACUGGGAAAUAUUAUCAUAAUAUGGAUUUAGAUAUUAUAGAAGAAAGAUUAUGGAAUGGAUAUUAUAGUGAACCAAAACAAUUUUUAAAGGAUAUUAAAAUGAUUGUUAAAGAUUCUAUAACUUCUGGUGAUCGAGAAAGAAUUUUAAAAGCUAAUGAAAUGUUAACUAAUGCUCAAUUUGGUAUAGAUGAUUUUUCAACACCAGAUUUUGUAAAUGCAUGUCAUGAAAUGAGACUUCGAGAGAUUGAAAGACAAAAUAAAUUAUUACAAGAUCAUAGGAAGCUUGAACAAGAGUUUAGAAAACAACUGAUUGCCAAUAUUAAAGAUUUGACUGAUAUACCUCGAGUGGAAUCUCAACAAGAUCCAAGUACUAAUACUAGUAAUAAUGGUAAUAUUGAGAUUGUUGAACAACCUCAACCUCAACCACAACCUCAACCACAUCAAGUAAUAGUUUCUGAGAUUGGAGUUGAUGAAUCUGUUACCACUGUAACUGAAACUAUUGAUGAAGCUAAAGAAAAUGGUAAUACUGUAGUAAUAGAAGGCACUAAUGAAACUAAACCCGAAGUUGAGGCCGAAGUUGAAGUUGAAGUUGAAGCUCAAACUGAGACAGUAUCAGAAACUAUAGAAAAUGGUAAUAAUGAAGAAGAUUCUGAAUCAGAAAUUGAAGAAGAAUUACCUAUAGAUAUAAAUAAAUCAGUUGAAUUAAAUCAAUCUGAAUUUGAUUCAUUCUAUAAUGAACUUAUUAGAGUAACUAAUGAUUUUAAUAUUGAAAAACUUGAAAUAGUUAUGGCUAAAGCGAUGGAUAUAAUUUGGACUGAUAGAAAUCAAUGGAAUAAAUCUCCUACUAUUAAUAAAUUAAAGACAAUAAUUACAGCCAUUCAACAUGAUUUUAAAAAUGGAUCUUAA